AGCCAUCACAUUUGUUGGUAUGCCAUUCAACAUGAGGCUUUUUGCAAGUCUUUUUCUUGGUUGUCUGUGUGUUGCUUUUGCAAAUGGAGAUUCAAAGGCUAUAACAACUAGCCUUACAGCAAAAUGGGCUUCUACUCCACUGCUCCUAGAAGCAAGUGAAUAUUUAGCAGAAGAAAGACAAGAGUUUUUUUGGGAUUUUGUAGAAGUUAAUCAAUAUAUUGGACCUGAUGAUCAUGAAGGCACUGAUCAGUCUUACUAUCAUCUCAUCCUGAAGAGAGCUAGCCAAUUCCUCACUGCUCUGCAGCUUAAUUUGAUGAAAUUUGCUCUGUCUUUGCGUGCAUAUUCUGCAACAGUGCAGUCCUUUCAACAGAUCGCAGCAAAUGAAUCCCCACCUCCAGACUGCAGUGCUUUCUUUAGCAUUCAUGGGGAGAGUACAUGCGAUCCAAAAAGUUUAACAAAUCUGCUGGAGUCUGCAUCAGAGAGACCAAGACCUUUUUUAUUUAAAGGAGAUCACAGAUUCACAUUGUCAAAUCCAAUUGCACCUGUAGUUAUCUUGUAUGCUGAAAUGGGCACCAAAGAAUUCUCCCAGUUUCACCAGCUUCUUGUGUCAAAGGUUAACCGUGGAGAGAUUACCUAUGUUCUCAGACAUUACAUUGCGAAUCCAAGUAAAAAUAAAGUUUUCCUCUCUGGAUAUGGUGUUGAACUGGCAAUCAAAAACCAAGAAUACAAAGCAAAGGAUGAUACUCAAGUUCAAGGUGCAGAGGUGAAUGCUACAGUGUUUGGAGAAAAUGAUCCAGUAGAUGAAGUUCAUGGAUUCCUGUUUGGAAAACUUAGGACUCUAUAUCCUGAUCUUGUAGAGCAGCUGAAAGAGCUCAGAAAACAUCUUGUAGAAAGCACCAAUGAAAUGGCACCACUCAAAGUUUGGCAGCUGCAAGACCUAAGUUUCCAAACAGCAGCUCGAAUCCUUUCAGCCCCCUCUGUUGAUGCAUUGAUGGUCAUGAGGGAUCUAAGCCAGAACUUCCCUAAUAAAGCCAGGUCAAUUACACGAACAGUAGUAAACUCGGAACUCAGAAAAGAAAUAGAAGAAAACCAAAAGUACUUUAAAGGAACUUUAGGCCUGCAGCCUGGAGACUCUGGACUUUUUAUCAAUGGUCUUCAUAUCGACUUGGAAGUUCAAGAUAUCUUUAGUAUUUUUGAUGUUUUGCGAAGUGAAGCCCACGUAAUGGAAGGCCUGCGUAGUUUAUUGAUAGAAACAUCAUUUAUUCAUGACAUAUUGAAACUCAAUGUACAGCCUUCAGAUGCAGACUAUGCUGUGGAUAUCCGGAACUCAGCAAUUUAUUGGAUUAAUAACCUUGAGACUGACACCAGAUACAGUUCCUGGCCCUCUAGUGUGCAGGAGCUCCUGCGACCCACUUUUCCUGGAGUUAUUCGACAGAUCAGAAAGAAUUUUCAUAAUUUUGUACUUAUUGUUGACCCUACUCAUGAGAGUACUGUCGAGCUGAUAAAUGUUGCAGAAAUGUUUUUUAGCAAUCAUAUUCCAUUAAGAAUUGGUCUUGUAUUUGUUGUUGAUGACUCUGACGAAAUUGAUGGGAUGCAGGAUGCUGGUGUUGCAUUGCUCAGAGCUUUCAAUUAUAUCUCUGAAGAAAUGGACAAUCAUCAAGCUUUUCAAGUAAUAACAUCGAUGUACAACAAAGUUCAGCCUGGAGAGAAGCUUAAAGUUGAGCAUGUAAUUAGCGUUCUGGAGAAGAAAUAUCCAUAUGUAGAAAUAAGCAGCGUUUUGGGAGCUGAUUCACCUUAUGACAAGAACAGAAAGGAGGGUCGAGGUUACUAUGAACAAACUGGAGUUGGCCCUCUUCCAGUUGCAAUGUACAAUGGAAUGCCCUUUCAGAAAGAGCAAAUGGAUGCCGAUGAGCUGGAAACUGUAACUAUGCAGAAAAUUCUAGAGACCACUAGUUUCUACCAGAGAGCAGUCUACCUGGGUGAACUGACAAGUGACCAAGAUGUUGUUGACUUUAUAAUGAACCAGCCUAAUGUUGUUCCAAGAAUUAACUCAAGAAUUCUUGCCACUACUAGACAGUACCUUGAUUUGUCACACAGCAACAAUCAUUUUAUUGAUGAUUUUAGUAGAUUCGUUUUCCUUAAUUUGAAAGAGAAGAAUGCUGCUGUAGCCAACAGCAUGAAUUAUUUGACCAAAAAAGGAAUGUCUUCCAGAGAGGUCUAUGAUGACUCCUACAUACGUCCAGUUACUUUUUGGAUUGUGGGUGACUUCGAUAAGCGUUCGGGAAGACAAUUAUUGUAUGAUGCAAUAAAGCAUAUGAAAUCCAGCAACAAUGUUCGACUUGGCAUGAUAAACAACCCAACAGAGAAUCCAUCUAUGAAUAAUAGUCAUGUGGCAAGAGCAAUGUGGGCAGCAAUUCAAACACAGACAGCCAACAACGCCAAAAAUUUCAUCACUAAGUUGUCUAAGGAAGAAACUGCAGAAGCCCUGGAAUUAGGGGCUGAUAUUACACAUUUUUCUGUAGGGGGAAUGGAUAUAGAUUUGUUUAAAAGUGCUUAUGAAUCCUUCAAACUGGACUUUCUUCAUUCUCACGCCUCCUUCUGUAAAGAUGUUCUAAAGUUCAAAAGUGGACAAAGAGCUGUGAUAAGCAAUGGAAGGGUAAUUGGACCACUUGAAGAAUCUGAAGUGUUCAAUCAAGAUGAUUUCCUUCUUUUGGAAAGCAUAAUUCUAAAGACGUCUGGGGAGAGAAUUAAAAGCAAGAUACAGCAAAUAGGAAUAGAAGAGGAUCGUGCCAGCGACUUGGUUAUGAAGGUGGAUGCUUUACUUUCUUCUCAACCAAAAGGGGAUGCAAGGAUUGAUUAUAAUUUUUUUGACGAUCGCCACAGUGCAAUCAAACUACGACCUAAGGAAGGAGAAGUCUAUUUUGAUGUGGUGGCUAUUGUUGACCCUGCAACUAGAGAUGCACAAAAGCUUGCACCACUACUGAUGGUUCUAAAGAAUCUAAUCAACAUGAACCUGAGAGUGUUUAUGAAUUGUCAGUCUAAGCUAUCUGACAUGCCUUUAAAAAGCUUUUAUCGCUAUGUUCUAGAACCUGAAAUUUCUUUUAUGGUGGACAAUAGUUUUGCUCCAGGUCCUAUUGCAAAAUUCUUAGACAUGCCUCAUUCUCCCCUUUUCACACUUAACCUGAAUACACCUGAAAGUUGGAUGGUGGAGUCAGUUCAUACACGUUAUGACUUGGAUAAUAUAUAUUUGGAAGAGGUGGACAGCAUUGUGGCAGCGGAGUAUGAGCUAGAAUAUCUCUUGUUGGAAGGUCAUUGUUUUGAUGUCACCACGGGUCAGCCUCCUAGAGGACUACAGUUUACACUGGGGACUUCCUCCAACCCUCUUAUUGUAGAUACAAUUGUGAUGGCUAAUCUGGGUUACUUCCAAUUAAAAGCCAACCCUGGGGCUUGGGUUUUAAGACUAAGAAAGGGAAGGUCAGAUGAAAUAUAUAAAAUUUACAGCCAUGAAGGUACAGAUUCUCCUACUGAUGCAGAUGAUUUAAUAGUGGUCCUCAAUAAUUUUAAAAGUAAAAUAAUAAAGGUCAAGGUACAGAAAAAGCCAGACAAAAUAAAUGAUGAGUUGUUAAAUGAUGGAAGUCAUGAAAACGAUUCAGGUUUUUGGGAGUCCCUUACAAGGGGAUUAACUGGAAGAGCAAAGACUGAAGAAGUAAAGCAGGAGAAAGACGAUGUGAUAAAUAUCUUCUCUGUAGCAUCAGGACAUCUUUAUGAGCGAUUCCUAAGGAUUAUGAUGCUGUCAGUGCUAAAGAACACCAACACACCAGUGAAAUUUUGGUUUUUGAAGAACUAUCUUUCACCAACAUUUAAGGAAUUCAUUCCUUAUAUGGCAAAGCAAUAUGGUUUUCAAUAUGAACUGGUUCAAUACAAGUGGCCUAGGUGGCUUCAUCAACAGACAGAGAAGCAGCGAAUUAUUUGGGGCUACAAGAUCUUGUUUUUAGAUGUGCUCUUCCCACUAGCAGUAAAUAAAAUUAUUUUUGUGGAUGCUGAUCAGAUAGUCCGCACUGAUCUGAAGGAGUUGCGAGAUUUUGACUUGGAUGGUGCCCCUUAUGGUUAUACUCCUUUCUGUGAUAGUCGCAGAGAGAUGGAUGGGUACCGCUUUUGGAAGUCAGGCUAUUGGGCUAGUCAUCUAGCUGGUAGAAAAUAUCAUAUCAGCGCUCUUUAUGUGGUCGAUUUGAAAAAAUUCAGAAAAAUAGCAGCUGGGGACCGACUCAGAGGACAAUACCAAGGUCUCAGCCAAGACCCUAACAGCUUAUCCAAUCUUGAUCAGGAUUUACCCAAUAACAUGAUCCAUCAAGUUCCUAUUAAAUCUCUGCCACAGGAGUGGUUAUGGUGUGAAACAUGGUGUGAUGACUCCUCUAAAAAACAUGCAAAGACUAUUGAUUUGUGUAAUAACCCACAGACCAAAGAACCCAAGCUACAGGCAGCUGUAAGAAUAGUCUCUGAGUGGACAGAUUAUGACCAAGAGGUCAAACAAUUAUACAAUACUUUUGUAGAAAUGAAAGAAAAGGGUUCAAUUCCCCUCACCCAUGAUUCCACCAAAAGGAUAAAGCCAGAUUAUAAUGGGCACAUUGAAUUAUAACCCGUGUAUGCUGGCAUCAAGAUUAAAUUUAACUCUGUUCAAAGAGUUAUUUUCUUUUUAUGUGAAGACUGUCUCAUUGAAUGCAAUUAUGCAAGACCUGCUGAAGAAAUCAUUACAAUUUUUUUUUUUAUUUUAUUUUUUUUUUGAGAGAAAGUUCAAAACAGCAAAACUAAUCGAAAACACAUUAAAUCCUGUAAUGAAAUGUCAAACUUGUUUAAAUCAAAAACAAGGAUAGACUUCCUUCAUUCCAUUUUAACCAAUAUCAUGGGAUAUUAGAUAAUAAUUUAAAAAAAAAAAAAAAACUUUCACUUGAUUGUACUUUUAAAACCGUCCAUUAGUCAUCUAUUUUGUACAUUAAUUCCCAUACUAUUUUGUAGCCAUAUUUUAAAAAUGAAGCAUCUCUGACCUAUAAGUAGUGGACUGGUUUCUUUGUUAAAAUAAAUUAUGAUGAACAUCCAUCCUUUUGUGAACCUGAUUUAAAACUGUAAAAGUAAAGCAAAAAAUACACUGUAUUGGAUAUAGAUUGAUUGAUUGUUUUUUCCUUCAUAUUUUAAACAAUGCCCUCACAUAUUUGAUGACUUUACCUUCAUAUUGUAGACUAGUUUAUUUUUACAGUGUUUAUUCUGUUGUAGUUUCCUUAAGCUGACAUACAGUAUAUUCAACACUGUGUUGUAAAAUGCUGUAUCCAAUAAUUUAAACAGAUGUGCUUGGUGGUUUUCUACCAACAUGUUAAAAUAUUUGUUUUAGUUUUUGUUUUCUUUAAUACAAUCUUCCUUUCUAGUACAUAUACAAGUCAUAAAAUGUUCCUACAAAAAAACCUGAAUGUGAAAUUUUGCAACACACAUUGAAUCACUAUUUGUUUACUAUGAAGUGGUAACAGACAGCCAGCUGUUCAGUUUAAACAGUGAAAAUUAUGGAAAGGGUAAAUUCCAUAUUUACCACCCAGGCUACAACAGAUAAAUAUUUCUACUUAGAUUCAUUAAGCAGUAGGUCUGUUUUUUUCAUCCAUUUACAGUAGUUGAUGAAUCUAUCAGAAAAACAUUUGGCGUUGAUUGGUUGUGCUCAGCUUUUUUUUUUUGGAAGGAAACAUUUAUUAUUAUGCCUCACUAAACAGUCAUUUAGUUUGCUUCUGUAUUGUUUUACAUAAGUAGUAUAGUAAUAGAACAUGCCGUUGAAAGAAUGAAAUGAAAGUAUAUAUUUCUAAAAAUAGUAGCCUGCAGAUCACGUAAAAAUAGACAAGUUUGCAUUGUGUUUACAGAGUGGGUACCCUUAUGGUUUUUCCAAUUAAAUGGUUGAUUUAAAUUGGUUCUUGUUAUAAUUAUCACUUCUCAAAAAGUUUCCAAUGUUAUAGUAUAGUUAGUCUAGGUCUGAUCUAUAAGACUGUUACUAAGUAUUUCUAUGACCUGUUUUGUCCAGCUUAUUAUGUCUUUAGGUAAACUGGAUAUGAAAUGCUUUUUAUAUGCAUCAUCAAAACAAUUCUGCAAUCUUUAUAUCUUUAUUCAAAAAUUAUUCAGACUAUUAAUCAGUCUCAGUUUAGAUUUGAAUUAUUUUAUUGCAGAAAUGACUAUUAAUAAUUUUGUUUAAAAUCUGUAGUAUAGACUUAAGUUGAAAUUAAUAUAAUAUUGUAGUCUAAUUGGGCCGACUAUAUGAAGUAAGUUGUUAAAUUUAACACACUGGAAUAUGAAAUUUAGUUUUAUUUAAUAAACUGCCAUGAAUCAAAAUGUAAAAGUACAAUACAGCAAAAAAUAAAAUAGCGUUUUAAGAUUUGUAUCUAGCAAAAGGUUUCUGCUGCUGCUUUAGAGAAUUCUUAGUUGUUCAAAUUACAGUUCUCCUGAAAAUCAUCAUGUGUCUAAAUUAAUCAGUCACAUAAGUGUCACUUUUUGAGUUUUAUUUGUCAUCAUUUUAAAAACUCAGGGUGUUGCAGAAUUCUUACAACUUUUAUUUAAAAGUUAAACUGAUCUUUGUUAAAGUUUUGUGUUUUUUCAGACAUUCAAUUGUAUAUGUUCAUAGAUGCUAGAGUGCUGAGAUAUUUAAUGAUGAAGGAUGAAUCAGUUUUUGUUGCAUUAUUUAAAAUCUUUGGCACAGGUGAAAGAAUGUCACUCUUCAGCAUGUUGGUUAAUUACUGGAUUUUAGUUUCUUUAAGCUAAUAUUUAUGCCUUCUGUUUGUAACAGUGCAUGUUUUAGCCACACUGUAUAUGAAAUACAGUACAUACAUUAUUGUUUCAUAGACAUCAUUUAAGAGCCGAAUGCAAAAUAAUGAAGUUGCAUUCUACUGCAUUGAAAUUAAGUAUGAUCUAUGUUAAAAUAAAACAAAAUAACAAUAUCAUUUUAAAAGAAUAUAAUAAAGAUUUACAAUAUAUAAUAAUUUAUAGCACAUUGACAGUGUUCAGUUUUUUGCCACCAACAUUGUUUUCAGGUAUAUCAUAGAAGAGCACUCAGUUCUUAGCAUGCUUUGCUAUAAUCCAUUUUGGUGCAACUUCCUCUUUACUGCAGCAGAACCUUUCAGAAAUAAAGAAUAUGAUUGGCUCUGAGUAACCUUAACAAAUUCUAUUUAGAAUCCGAGUUUUGGGUAGUGAUUUUAACUUUUGACUUACCGAGUAUUCCACUUUGCUUGGCCUUGAAAAUCAAAUGUUUAACUCAGGUUAACUUAAAAUCUGCUCUUUUGUGCUUAUCCUUCUCCCAUUAACAAAAUCAUGAACCAAAAAUGUAAUGGAUUCCUGUUAAAAGUAGAAAAUGCACACACUGCUGACAGUACCUAAACAAACAGCUUAUAAAAAAGUAUAUUUCUUCUCUGUAAAUAUGAUCUGUUCUGCAAAGGAUACAGUGCUUAAAAUUUUACAGACUGGUUGCACAUAAUUGCAGGUUUGUAAGUGCCUUUUUUGGUAUAUAUUUAAUACUAAAACAUAUAAAUUAAAAUGCAUUUCUUUUUGAAUUCUGUUAGUAAUUUGGCAGCCUAGUCUAAAAAUUGGUGUAAAGUACUUUGAAGGUCUUGAGAUAAUCUGAAAACAUCCUUUUUAUUUUUGUUACAAAAUCCUUUUGUUUUGUUAUAAGUAAAAACAACUGAUUUGUCCAGUGAUACUUCCUGACCCUUUAUAAAUGUUUUUUUUUUUAAUCUCACACACUGUUCAUUUUUUUCUUUACUUUCUGUAGCCACUCUUUCUAAAACGUCUGUUCAGGUUAGAGAUAUGUAUUUUUUGAAUGGGAUUUACUAUUUUAACUCAUGCUGUGUUAAUGUUAUUGAUGAAUUUGAAUGCCAUAAGGAUAAAUGUAGCUGACUCGCAGUUUUAGACUUUAUUUUCCAAUGUAGUUUUCUUACUGUACAUUGUCCUUUUGAGAAUCUAAUAUGGGUGACAAAGUCUACAUUCUUACAGCCUCUCUGAUUACAAUUUUUCACUGCAAGCCGCUGUCUUGAUUAGAGGCAAACUCCAGACUUUCAGAGUAAACUAUCCUUAAUUACCUGUAGAAUUUUUGAAUUUUUUCUUCAGUCAGUUUUAUAGUAAAUGUUUAUUAAAUAAGGCAAGCACAUUUAUUGAUUUUAUGAAGAGCAGUGAAAAAUAAUACAUUUACUUUCAGCUAAUUGUGUUAUUACACUUUCCUACAAUAAGUAGUCUAAAUCCAUUGACAAAAAAAUUUCGGAAAGCCCAUCUGUUACAAUUUACCAACAAAUUAUUAUGAAAUCUUUUAUGAGAACAAUAUACUGUCAGCCUUCCAUAUCUGUGGGUUCCUCAUCUGCACAUUCAAUCAACACUGGACUGAAAAUAUUAAUUGGAAAAAAAAUCCAAAUCUUCAAUUUGCUGUGUGCCGAGCACUAUUCUGAAUCCAUGGGAAGGAAGUGAUUUGUAGGCAUACCCUGCUGUAGACUCCUGCAAUAGGAGUUGAAUAAAAGUAGACUUACAACUCCUAUAUGGCAGCCAAUUACUAUGUCACCAUACUGUUUAUCAGUUGGAUAGGUCGGCUUACAUGAAGCACGCUUGCACUACUCCAUACGUAAUGGACUAUGUUUUCUGGCAAUCAUCACUUUUAUAAAAGAAAAGCUUUAUCUUGCUAAUUUUUUUUCCUACCUCAGCUUCUGAGUACUACCAAUUGCCAACAUGGGAAACAGUUUCCAUCUUUACAUUUCCCGUUGUACUGUACCCGUUAAACAAAACACAUACACAUAUUCCUGAAAAUAA